AUGACUGACACUGACCCCAAGACCUUGCAAGAUCUCCCCUCAAUGGUGCAGACACUCCUGCAACAGAUGCUCCGCACGUUUCAGACCACGUCCCACCUGAUCAUUGGAAGAAUUGGUGACACGAGUAGGCACACGGACAACCUGGAGAACAGCGUUGCAGACCUCGCGACACAGGCUGGGGCGGAAGGACUGGAAGGUGACAACAAAAUACCUACCACGCCAAAGAGCUGA